CUGCUCCACACCAGUUGUUCUCCACACAUCUUCCUCUCUCUACUAACCCAGGCCAGGAGUGGGAGAGGCUCACUCACACACUCCCUCCAACACAAUCAGACCUAACACCCCUAUAGAACACACACAGUAGAGCCCAGAGGAUCCAAACCGGAGUCUUCGUCCCCUAAACUUCAGUGUCGACCAGUAUGGAGCUUUUCGAGACCAACCCCUACUUCUUCCCCGACCAGCGCUUCUACGAAGGGGGGGACAACUUCUACCAGUCCCGGCUGCCGGGCGGGUAUGACCAGGGGGGCUACCAGGAGCGCGGGGGCUCCAUGAUGGGGCUGUGUGGGGGUCUAUCUGGGGGGGUCGGGGUAGGGGUGGGUGGAGGUAUGGAGGACAAGGCAUCCUCCUCUGGUCUCUCCCCCCACCCGGAGCCCCAAUGCCCCGGCCAGUGCCUACCCUGGGCCUGCAAGCUGUGCAAACGCAAGACUGUGACCAUGGACCGACGGAAAGCGGCCACGAUGCGGGAGAAGAGGAGGCUGAAGAAGGUGAACGAGGCAUUCGAGGCCCUGAAGAGGAGCACCCUGAUGAACCCCAACCAGAGGCUGCCCAAGGUGGAGAUCCUGAGGAGUGCCAUCCAGUAUAUUGAGAGGCUGCAGGCACUUGUCUCCUCCCUCAACCAGCAGGAGAACGACCAGGGAGCACAGGGCCUACACUACCGCACCGGACCUGCCCAACCCAGGGUCUCGUCGUCGAGCGAGCAGGGAUCAGGCAGCACCUGCUGUAGCAGCCCAGAGUGGAGCAACACCUCAGACCACUGUACCCAGAGCUACAGCAACGAGGACCUCCUGAGUGCAGACUCUCCAGAGCAGACUAACCUGCGCUCUCUGACGUCCAUCGUGGACAGCAUCACAGCAGCAGAGGGGGCUCCGGUGGCCUACCCUGUACCUGUGGACAUUCCCAAAUAAACCCAGAGCAGCAUCCACACGUGUGCUGUUAACAGGUCCAAUACAGCACAAAUCCACCCUUUUUUCCUCCCUUCCGUGAGGAGGUAGUCACUGAUGUGAUAUAACUGGAUAGGUGAAAGCUAUGCAGCGGAACCUACUGUACAUUCCACCUAUCCAAUCAUGUUAGAUCAGUGACUACUUCAAUGAAGGGAGGAAAGAAGGGCAGGGCCUGUAUGUCCCAGCUAGGUACAAACUAUCACUGGGACACCACCCAGCACCAUACACACCACCCAGCACCAUACACACCACCCAGCACCAUACACACCACCCAGCACCACCCAGCACCAUACACACCACCCAGCACCA